GGUAGUGGUCUAGUGGAAGGUGCGAUAGCAAACAAGAGGAACACGACACCAAGCCAGCGACUUUAGCGCGCAGCAGUUUUCUUCGUGACAAAGAAUAGGGGUUCUCGACCUUGAUCGAUGCGUCCAGAAUCUGAUUCGUUGUCAAAUGGAAGGGAAGUCCGCGGCGCGACGUUUAUGUGGACAACUGAAGCUGUCGAACGCGCACUCGAGCGACGCGCGAUACCCCAGUCUCAACCUGAGGAUUCGAUAUCAUGCGACCUCUGGCCGAGUAAUGAACGAAACUUGCGGCAUCGCAGUAAGUACACCAAUGAAAAUAGAAGUAACACUCAGGCAACCGCGCUCUCGCGUUGCAACUCACGCACGGAUUCUGGUCGUACUAAAGGAUCGAUUUCCAAGCAGCAGCAUUUCUGUCUUCACUUUGCACGGGGACGCUGUGUGAAAGGUUACGAGUGUUUGUAUCUCCAUCAUCUUCCCACUGGUUUUCACGAAGCAGCAAAGCCUGCAUUGUAUGAUAUUUUUGGUCGCGAAAAGCACCGAUUAGAGCGAGAGGAUAAUGGUGGAACUGGGAGCCACAUGCGUCAAUGCCGAACUCUAUUCGUAUAUUUUGGUGGUGCAGGUGAAUGGGGUGGCCAACGGCUUCGCCAAUUAAUAUCAAAAUCCUUUGGUGAGUGGGGUCCUGUAGAAGACAUCCACGUGGUGCCCUCAAAAUGCAUAAGCUUUGUACGCUAUAAGUUCAUAGUAUCGGCCGAGUUUGCAAAAGAAGCAAUGAUGGGGCAGAACCUCUUUGGGGGUAAGGAGUCUCUCACCGUACGCUGGGCUAAUGAUGACCCUAACCCCACUGCCAUUCACCGGGUGAAAAGAGAGAGAGAGGAUGUGAUUGUUGACGCGAGCGAGCGCGCGAAUACGAGGACACCUUCAUGGCAUGAUAACGAAAGACGACAGUAUGCAUACUUGCAAACCACUCGAGGACAGAAUUUUCCUUAUCAAAAUAGUCUUCACACUCAGGAUUAUCCUGACACGGAAGCUCAAUAUGAAGCUCAUUUGAAUAAUGUAAGCACCCAAUCAAGCACUAAACACGCAUUACAGGAUGUGAAAAUGAUGCACGAUGAGAAUCCUGACUCUGUUGAGGAAGACUACGAAAUCCGUGGGGCUAGGCCAUUUUCGAAAAGCAGGACAAUAAUGCCGCAGGUGUUUGAACUCGAGGAAAAUAGUCAGAAAGUGUCAAACCAAGCUGAAAUAAAUGAAAUCUCCCGCAGAACUCAGCUUGAUUCUGAGAUACUUCGCGCACAACACGUAGCAUAUCGGGCAUACCUUGAUGCUGGUGGAAAGCCAGAUGAUUGGAACCCAGAUUCGUUGUCCACUUUUGUUGCAGCACCAGGCAGCUUUUGCUGAGUGGACGAUCACCUCAAGCUCACAGUCACUAGUGUUUUAUAAUUUUGUUCUCUGAGAUUUUACAAGGGAAACCUAGUUUACAAGGAAGGAGGCUGGAUGACUAGAACUGCAUUUCCGUGAUACUCUGCACUUUCGCCCUCGAGACUAGGUUUGCUUUAUUGUAUUUGAACUCCUUUCAGACCAAGUUUUUCUUUGGCAAAGUACUCUACAGUAAGUUGUUACUGUAACUUAUCUAGGGCUACAUGUAGUACCUGUAGCCCUAGCUAAU